UCUGCUCAGUACCAUAGACAACAGAGCAAGGAGAAGCACAGACCCAGUAAAUUUGACAGGGCCCUUCUGACUGUGCUAAUUAUAGAAAAUGAAGUCACUUUUUUGCCUGUGCUUUUUGCUUGCUGGGAUUCAUGCUAACAAACCUUGCCCACAGGAUUCAAAGUACCCUCAUUACAAUAGCCACUCUGAACUCAAUCCAGGUGUAAGCCGCCAAAAUACGUGGGCUCACAAGAUACAAAACAGCAUUUGCCAAUUUGCAUUAUGCUUCUACAAGGAAACAGUAACUUCCAGGAACAAAGAGAACGUGUUUUUCUCACCCAUCAGCAUAACCAGUACUUUGGCGAUGUUAGCUCUGGGAGCUAAAUCGGAGACUCUGCACCAGAUUCUUAGAGGGCUCGGGUUUAACCCAGAAGGGAUUCAGGAGGAGGAAGUUCAUGACAGUUUUUGCAAUCUCAUGCAAAAGUUAAACCACCAGACCAAUGGCAUUGAGCUGGAUAUGGGAAAUGUCAUGUUUGUGACGGAAGAACUCCGACUUUUACAGCAGUUUCGAAACAAUCUCAACCUUGUUUGUGGAGAAGAAAUUUUUCCAGUAAACUUCAGAUAUACUAAAGAAGCUGAGAAAAAGAUCAACAGAUAUGUAAAUGAAAAAACUAAUGGGAAAAUUGUCCAAUUGGUCAAUAAUAUUGAUCAGUUAACUGAAAUUCUUCUUGUUAGCUUUAUUUACUUUAAAGCUGGCUGGGAAAAACAGUUUGAUCGCAAAUACACUAAAGAGAGGGACUUUUUUGUGGAUAAGAACACAGUUAUUAAAGUCCCAAUGAUGUUCCGGAUGGGCAUGUUUAAAUAUGGCUAUGACAGGCAGCUGUCUUCUACAGUGCUGCAGCUGGAUUAUAAAGGAGGUGCUAAAGCAUUUUUUGUCCUGCCUGAUAGAGGACAAAUGCAGAAGCUGGAGAAAGGCUUGUCAUGUCAAGUUCUGUUUAAAUGGAGAAAACUAGUCUCAAAAAGGCCAGUGGAACUGUAUCUUCCAAAAUUCAACCUUUCUGAGAAGUAUGAGCUAAAAGGCUUGCUUAAUAGAAUGGGCAUCAUUGAUUUAUUCACUGAUAAAGCUGACCUGUCUGGAAUAACUGGGACACCCAAGCACAGGGUUUCAGAGGCUAUUCACAAGGCCAUGGUGAAAGUGCACGAGUCUGGUACUGAAGCUGCAGCAGGUACUGCCGUGGAAAUAGUGCCAAUGGCUGCUCCUUCUACCAUGGAACUCAACAGACCAUUCCUGUUUAUUAUACAGUAUAAAGACAGUGUACUCUUUUUGGGGAAAAUCAUGACACCAAACGAUGACUAGUUACUCUGCUUCUGGAUAUUAACUAUGCCUGAUUA